AUGCCGAGCAAAAGCAAGGGCAAGGCUCCGCCCUCGAAGGGCCAACGGAAAAGAAACAGAGAGGAAAAGUUGAAACAAAAGCAAGGGACAACGUCGACAAAGACGAGGAGUCAAGAAGCCGUCGAUGCGGAGACACCGUCGCCCAAGUUCAAAAGCGAGAAAGAGGCGGGUAAAGCACAGCGCUCCCAGGAGGACUUCGUUGCCCUCCUCUCCGCGUUCAAAGCCAAGGAGGACAUUGACCUUGAUCCCUCGUCAUCGUCGAGCCCUGAGAAGGAGCAGAAGCCACAACCGGGAGAGUAA